ACAUGGAAAAUAUUAAACAAGAAAAACUGGCGCCGACCUUACCACCUCUCCACCUUUGAUCGCUUUCCUCUUCCUUCUCCCUCUCAGAUUUCUUACCAAAUCUCAUAGGCGUCGCUUGCACGAUCACCAUUUCAUAUAUGCUGAUGAUUCUCAUGAAGAUUUGAAAUAUUUAUUGGAUCUACUGAGAAGUUGUUUUGUAAAGCUUUUCCCUUUGCUCUGCUUUAAAGGGGUUUGAGAAAGAAGGGAAGGAAAAAAGGUACGCAGGCGGAUUCGUGAGGUUUUUUCAACGCCUUUCCUCAUUAAAUACAUCCUUCGGUAUGAAUUGUGGGUGAUUUGAUUCUGUUAUCACGUUUGAGGUUUUUUGAAGGCUUGGAUUGUGAUCCAGCAUUAAAGGAGGAAUUAGAUUUUCACUUUCUUUCAGUCAAUUUUCAUGGUUGAAGAACGCACUGAUUCACUGAAAGCUCCUGAGGGAAAUGAUGAGGAAAGCAGUAUCAUCAUGAGCAGUAUUACUGCUGAGAAUUCAGCUCCUCCAAUUGAUGGCCAGAGUGCUAAUGUUGUACAUCCCAGAGCAUCCAUUGGUAGCAGUUUAGUGAGAAAUUCUACCGAAAAAUCACAUUCCACCAAGAGUCAGGAUGAUGUGGUUCCUCAUUAUAUGAGGAGGUCUGCUGGUUCAUGCCAUGAUCUCUGUAAAUAUGGAAGAAAUCAUGCCUCUGAAGAAGAGGCAAAAGCAAGGGCAAGGCUGCUUCGGAAAAGAAAUGGUAGAGUGUUACCCAAUGAGCUGAUUCCUGUGCAGAUACUGGUUGCGGAUGAUAAAAAGAAGGAAAAGGUUGUUAAUGACAAGCCACCAAUACAGAACCGAAGGCAUUCACUUCCCCUGGAGCCUUCUUCUAAUACCAGAUCCAAUUCUACAAAGCAUAAGAAAUCUUUGGAGAAGGCAGAGGUUGUUACCAAGAACACAUAUUCAGCAGAUGCCAAAAAGCUUUCACUUGAUUUGCAAUCUCGUGAUGCCAAAUCAUUUCAGCGAGCAGCCAGAACGUCCUCAGAUGUGAAAACUUCUUUGCCUAGACAAAGUGCAACAGGUCUGGCUAAGCACAAGCCAAUGCCUAAGAAACUUCCCUCACCAGAGCCCCCUGAAAUUAUCAAGAGCGUUUGCUUCCCAACUGAAAAGGUUGAAGUUCCUGGAAAGAAAGUGUCAUCCGCUGAUAUUAAAGCCCAAAAAUUAGAGAAAAAGACAGCUGUUCCAGCGAAGCAUCACUAUUCUUCUUUGAAGGUCAAGGUUAAACCAUCAUUGUCUUCAGAAAAGCCGGAUGCAAGUGGAAAAGAGAAAAGAAACAAUAUUUCUGGGACAGGGAAAAAUUUAGCUGCGUUAAAGGCAUCCACAAAGAAAGUAUUGUCCCCUAAACUCUCUACUGUCAAGAUAGCACCUAUCAAAUUGAGAAAAGAUGGAACUCCAAAAUUGGUCUCUCCUCUGAAAGACAAAAAUAAGCUGCCCCGUGCCAAGACUAGAGCAUCCAUUGAUGGGAAGGUUUCUGAGAAAACCUUGCAUGUCAUCAAGACAGAAACUGAAAACAAUAUCCCCGAGUCAAUCCCCGAUGAUCAUGCCAUUUCCAUAUUACCAUCUCUACCAACUGAAGCAUUGGUUGAUACAAAUUCUUCGUCAUUGGCUUCUAAUGAAGUGGAUGUGGGAGUAAUUAAGCACAUUAAUGUUGAAGCUGCCAAAUUCGCCUCUGGCAGUCAUGAGUCUCCAAAACAUGUGGAGGAAAAUCAUAACAAGACUCCUAGAAAGGGCAGAGUGGCUGUAUCUGAUGUCAGGCAUGGAUCUCCUGUAAAAUUGAAGUUCAAAACUGGGAAGGUCGUCGACUUGAAGUCAGAUAAUUACAGUCCAAGGAAACUGAGAUUUAGGAGGGCAAGAGUCCUCGCCACCGAAGAUAGCAAGGGGUCGAUGGGGAGAACCUUGCGAAAGGGAGGAGCCAAUGAUAAAACAGGAACUACUGCUAGCAGUUCCUCUGUAAAGGUUGUCUUAAAACAUCAAGACGUGCAGGACAAGAAGGAUGCUCAGUGUUUAUUCAACAAUGUGAUUGAAGAAACAGCAAGCAAACUUGUCGAAAGCAGGAAAAGCAAAGUAAAGGCCCUGGUGGGAGCUUUUGAAACAGUCAUUUCUCUCCAGGAGAGCUAACCGUCUGAACAUCUCAUCCCAUUCAUGACAAAAUUUAGGCGAAAACAGUACAUUUACUUAAAAAUUCCUAAAACUGCUAAUCUUUUUUUCUGUGGUGGUUAGUGUUGGAAGGUGUGGAAUGUUGUGCUGAGUGGUUUUGGUGUGCGUUCUAAAUCAAUUGCUAGGGAUGCUUGUUCUUUCUUUUCUCUUUGAUUUUAUAGAGAGAGAGAGAGAGAGAGAGGGGAAAUGUUGGUUCUUUUCUAUAAUGUUUACAGGGCUUGUACUGAUUUUCUUGAUGGUUGGUUUGGUUUAAAAAGCUCUAUAAUGAUGUUUGGUGUGUA